AUGUUGCACCGGUCUUCCACGAGGGCGUGCAAGUGUGCUUCCACCUCGACAGCGCUGGUCGCCUGUGCGCACGUCCAUGCCCGCGUGCGAGGCUCGCGAUCCCCGUCUCGAUCGACCUUCGCAAGCCGAGCUGGAGCCGGUCCCGGACCGAGCACACCGCACCCGAUCGCCGAUUCGGGUGGCGGCCCUACCUCACCAGCGUACCACCAGGCCGCUCUGACAUAUACAGCGCCUCUGUGGUACCGAGAGCAAUGGCAGCAAGCAAGGUCAGGCGAAACCUGGCACAAUUGGUUCAGCCACAGCCGCGUUCCGCUCGCGCUCGAUCCAAAGAACACCACCCGCGCCCCACCGCCGCCACCUCCCCCGCAGCGUACAUCGUCGCAUUCUCCUUCCGGGAUCACCAAACCAAGUCCAGACACCCAAUCCAUCGACGAAAGUGCUCGUGAGAGGAUAGCCCGCUACCUCGCCUCGCGCAUCCGUUCUUCGACCGAGCACUCGACGCGAGCCAUCGACGAGCUUCCCCAUGACGACCCAGCUCAAAUACUCGCGCCCGCGAAACGACUCGGCAUGUCUGUCGUCGCCAACUAUCUGCUUCUAGACCUAGCAGCAAGCAACGCAGCCUCGCCAGAACCGGAUCAAUCCCCGUCCUGGCCGCAGUGGCUCGAUCCUCGCGAGGCCCUUCAAAACGUCAUCGACCACGGUGCACCCCCGAAGGAGCUGGCGAUCGCGUUACCCCAACUGGCCGACGAUGCGGAACGAAUACAGGAUUCGUGGAAGGUGUUCAAUCAGAGAUACGAGCUCGAUCGCUACCCCACACUCGCGCUCAACUUUCUCUACUUUGUCGCACGGCCGAAUUCGAGCGACCUCCCCUUGGCUUUUGCACUCGAGGUGCUGCAAGAUCUGUUGAGGGCACGAAUCGUCCCGGAGCAGCUCGUGGGCCCUCCACCGACCCUGCCCGAGAACUUGCCGGAAGCCAACUCGAUUCAGCUACGGAUAGUCCUUCUUCGCACGGUGGCCGCAGCAGCGGGCGAGUAUGCGAAUCACGACCUCGCGGUACAUGCCUUGGAGUCGCUCGACACUCUGCACCACAUGGACGAAGUCGACAUCGGUUUGCUGCAUGCUCAUUUAUCGACACAGAUCGCACACGUCAGACACCAACGACUCGAACUCUUCCGGCCCUUGUCCAACACCACAAUGGAGCGCCUGCACGCUCUGUUCGUCUCUCUUCUGAAACGAUGGGACCCCUCACUCUCGGCGACCACUACGCACCUCCUCGAUGCGUUCUCGAUCGAAUUGAUCGAGUACAACCGAUACGAUUUGCUCGCUGAGCUGUACUCGCAGUUCUCUCGAUUGGGGUGGGCGCCGACCCUGAGCAGCGACAUCACCCUCGACUUUGCACACUUUCUCGGCGGAGACGGGCGCGUUCGCCAAUAUCGAUUCCCCUCGAACCCGACGCGCAAAGCGACCUUGGCGACACGGUAUAUCUAUGUGGAUCUUUGGUACCGGUUCACCGCGACGGUCGAAACGCGAGCGAUCGAGCAAGGCUUUGCAAACGAUUGGACGAGGGAAGCCAAAGAUCGGUGGAUUCGCCACCUCUGCCAGGGUCGGAUCGUCGACCCGGCGCAAGCUCGUAACAUGUAUGAACUCUGGACCGUCGGAUCCCAUCCUCGUGGAGUCGUAGAACCUCCCUCAUCCCCCUUCGUGAUCAGCACGACUACCGCGCUUGCCUUGGCCAAUCGUCUGCUCCAGCAAUCGAGCCGGUCCGCUCCAGCGGAACACAAAAGCACCCGAGCGUUCGUCCAAAAACUCGCCUCGGACUGCGUCCAGCACCGCACAUCAUCCUCGACCGGUAAACUCGAGCAUUACGACCUCACCGCCUUGGCUAGAUUGUACCUGCUCCUUGACGAUUGGGACUCGGUCGCGCAAGUUUAUCGCCUUCUGCUCGCCGAUCGAGUCUUCCCCGAUCAACGCGAUAUCGAAGUCUGGGUCGAAUUGGCGGCGAGGCAAUUUUGGACUCUCGAAGAGGGCACUUCGUCAGAAUCACAAGCCGUGCUCGAAAAGAUUUUGGACUUUGUCGCGGAAAAACGCCUGGCCAUCGACACCCAUAGCAUCAAAUCCGUCGCCCUAGCCGUCAUGGGCGAACUCAAGUCGUCGCCUGAGGUUCGUCGAGUCCGUCACUUUACCCCCGCCAAGUUCCUCGAAUGGGCCAACAAGAUCUUGCUUUUACCUCCCGGGGGCUAUGCGACUCUGCGCAAAAGCUUAUUGUACCCCGUCCGAUCCAAGUCGGUCACCCCGAGUCGACAAGGCGCAGCCCUGACAGCCGGUCGUUUCGACGACAUAUUCCCCUUUCGCGUUGUCCACGCUCUCUCCAGGGCUCAUUCCCAAGGUCGAAUCGGCGAAGCGCUUUGGAUCUAUCGCGAGACCGUUCUAGAAGGAGGCCUCCGACAAGAUUUGGUCCUAAAGCAGACCCUUCAAGUCUUUUCGAGUUGGCUUCGGAAAGAACCGCCCGAAUGGCGCGAGAGGUGGUUACAGGAGGUGGUGUUGACGCUUCACGAGACGCUGAACGCCGGGAUCGAUCUCGUCGAGGAGGAAAAGACGAUGUUGGUGGUUAUCACGACGUUGAGGAGGAAUUGGGAUUCCGCAACAUCGGAGGAAAGGUCGGAUAGAUUCGAGUUGGCGCAAAGUUAUGUCGAGCGGUACCAAGCCAAAGUUGGAGACGUCGGACCGGAGGUCGAGAAGGCGAUGCGCGAUUUUAGGGGCAACCUAAAGAGUUUGGAAGCCUAG